AUGAUUCCUUCCUCAUUCAGCAUAGAUUUUUUAACUCGGGACGAUCGCUACCGAUCUGAGAGGAGCGGGAAUAGCAGUGCACGAAGCAGCACUUCUCCAGACCUUCAGUCAUCUUCCUGUCAGAGCGAGUCGGAGGGCUCCUCCGGGGACAAUGCCGAGUCCAUAGCCGAGGUCCUGAUGUCGCUGGACAAAACGAUAAAGGUCGGGAUGUCUGCAGAUAAGUCCAGAGAGAAGCCGCCACACUCUUACAUCGCCCUCAUUUCUAUGGCUAUUUUAAGCGCUCCGGAUAAAAAAAUGCUGCUUAGCGACAUCUACCAAUAUGUGAUGGAUAAGUUCCCGUUCUACAACAAUAAGGAAAAGGCUUGGAGAAAUAGUAUUCGCCAUAACUUAUCCUUGAACGAGUGUUUUGUGAAGAAUGGACGUGCUGACAAUGGCAAGGGCAAUUAUUGGUCCAUUCAUUCUGCAUGCUUGGAGGAUUUUGCCCGCGGGGAUUUCCGUCGUCGCCAGGCAAGAAGACGCGCUAGGAAGUGUAUGAAGGAGCCCAUGGACCGUCCCGUCAGAGCGGACUGUAGUUACAACCUGGGGUAUGUUCCAAUGACCCCAUCCCCCAUCGGCUACCAUGGAUACCCGCAUCAAGUAAUUUACUCACAGAAAAACUUUAACCCCAUUCCCGCGCAUUCGGCAUCUCAGCACAUGAACCAGAUGUCUCCACCGUCCGGAUACUUUUCUUCCAUGCACAUGUGUCACCCCAAUCCUCAGUCCCAGUCCAUGUUACCCUCACACGUGCACCCGUCCGUCAAUUAUCCGCAGCACUGCUGGUGACGACGGAAGAUUACCUGAAACUGAAUGUUGUAACCAAGUGACCAAGUUUUCUUUUAUUUGAGGUUGUUUAUACUGUUGGUUUUUUGGUUGGUUUUUUUUUUUUUUUUGGUUUCUUUUUUUUUUCCGUGUGUGAUUUUUAAUUUGAAAAUAUCUAUAUGUCAUGUGAAUUAUUUUUAAAGUGCAAUAUUUAAGAUAUUUAAAUAUUUUAUUCAUUUUAUUCUUAAUCUUGUAAUCAGUUGAUAUUAUACAGGCAUGCUACUACAAUUUAUAUGUAUGGUAAAUAUGUUGCUUGUUACAUUUACCGUGUAAAUUAAAAUAAAGGCAAUUACAUUUUAAAAGUAUUUUCUCUUAUACAGUAUCUUACAGAGAUUUGUACCUGAAUACUAUUGUAAAUUUCAUAGAAGUGGAUUAUAAUUUUUUUAAAUGAUAAGAAAAAUAGGGAAUCCCCGUGUUUGUAAUUGAUCUACGUUGUGCAAAACUUGGCCUAUUGCACUCAAAAUCUACUUUUGAUUUUGAUUUAUUUUCUCAAAACGGUAAUAAUAAUGACUUUUUAUUUAAAGGCUAUUCUAUUAUUAUAGGAUAGAAUAUAUGAAUUAUUUUGUUCAUGGAGAAAUGAAUAUAAAAACCGAAUCCCAAACUUUAUGAAAGCCUAAGGCUGUUAUAAAAAAAAAGUUUGCGAUUCUGUUUUUAUAGUUUUUUUCUUAAUGAACAAAGUAAUUUAUAUAUCUAAUGCUUAUAAUUCAUUUACAAACGAAAAACUCAAUUUUCCAUGAAA